GCCAGGGCGCUGAACAGAUCUGAGCUCGGAGGGAAAAAGGGAUAGAAAAAGACGUGUGUCAGAUUGCAGGUAUUCCACAAAAACAGAGCUCGUCCAAAUGGACCAUGAACACGUCGCCCAAUCUCUGUCUUGAAAAACAGGACUGACAUUGGUUAGCAAGUUCCAGGGCAUCUUCCUUGUCGGCUCGCAAAAUGGCGCCCCCAUCAAGAGUCUUGGGGGCGACCUGCGGGCCGCUUGAUCACUUUCGUACAAGGAGAAGAGCAACAAGAAAAAUCCUGGUCUCUCGGAAACGACGAUUGAGCAAUCGUUCGUCUUCUUCGCUUGUUCUUCUAAGUGGAUUGCUGAAUUGCAUCAGGUGGAUUGCAUUAGACGUUUCUCUAGUCCAAGUGCAAGCAACCGAGAGUGCAGCUUCUGUCUUCGACGGGACUGAGUUGCUUCGUAAUGCGGUGUCGCAGCGACAAAAUCAACGCCCCACAGGGGAGCGAUUGAAGGAAUCACAAAGACCACACGUGGGGAGGAAUCCAGGAGAGGAGUCCGAAUCUACGCCAGCUACUCCUAUUCUUGCAGAAUUGCGAACAACAACCGGCAGAAGCGAACUCGCGGACACACAGCAAAGCCUUGAGAUGGAUGCGCGGUGUCCAGUAGCAUCUAACGACGUAUGCGCGCGUGCAGGUGGUGCGCCGAGCUUCAUGCAGAUGCCGUCAAAGCCCCUGGAGUAUCCUAAUCCCAAGGGCGGUCGGGUGCUAAGCUUUGAACCGAAAACGACGUCUGACGGCUUCGGGAUGUAAAUAUUUUGAAUAAAUCUUCUAUUUUCAGUAAGCGGCGAAAAAUGGUAUUUACUAAAAGAUACCUCCACCCAUAUGCGUCCUCGCCCUUAUAUAUAAAUGACACCAAAGUAGUGCGUGCGUAUUUCAACACUGGAUUCGAAAUUUGAGUUUGUUUACCAUCUACUUCUACUUCCUCUCCAAAAAUUCAACAUUCCCUUUCACAUUCAUCAACAUCAAAUCGCCUUCAGAUACAAUGUGGAUUUCAAGCCUGGAAAGUUUAUGUGCAGUAAAUGCGACGUAGCGACUUGUCCCACCUGCAACGUGGUAUGCGACCUCUCCUCGUGCAGUAAUAUCCACUUCUACGAAACGGAGUGCUGGUGUCGGAGAAAAAGUGACGUGAAACUCAAAUCUCCCCUUUGGCGUUUGAGGAGGUAAAUGAACUCUUAUCAAUUUUCCGAAUGAUGUCUUUGGUGAUUGUCUACCUACGCCUUGAUCGAUGCAUGUUCUGAUAUUUGAGAUGUGAACUAAUUGUAGUUCUGAUCGUUAUCAUGAAACAAUUUUAGCUCUUAUGCUCCUGAAUACGUAAUAUUUACUAAGUCCUUAAUAGAAUGAAUAAUAGAUAGUAGAAGAUACUGUCUGCAGACACUGGGUAAUGCCCGUUUCAUCGCGCCAGUAGGUUAGUAGUAUUUUGACUAGAGACAGGAUGAACAUCUUUAUUCGUGCUUAUUUUUUUCCCUACGUUGAUGUACAGUGAUACGGACGGACAGUUUGUGCUGAGUGGGUCAGUUCACAAGGUUUUCUGCAAUGAGCAAUGCGGAGGCGGCGUUUGCGACAUGGAUGGCUUGUUAUGACGGAAGGACCUGUUCAUAUGGACUUCUUGAUGAUAGGGACUUCCUGAUAUGAUGAGUAUUUGUUUCAUCACGAUGACCUUGUAGUUACAUCAUUUUCACAGUUAUUUUCGUGCACAAUAGAUACAGCUUCUAACCAUUCAAGUUUAGGAAUUCUCCUUUCAUUUUGGUACAAUCCCCUUCUGUCCUCUCCUACACACAAAUACAAAUCAAACAAGCCCUCCUUGCUUCUUUUUCAUAAGUAUCUAUGUACACAACUUUUACCGGUUGAUAUCCGCUUUCCGCUUUUCAUACCUACAAUGCCAACCUUACAAAACGGCACAAUCUCCGUUACCGUUUGAUAUCCACUUUCCCCUUUCAUACCUACAAUGCCAACCUUACAAAACGGCACAAUCCCCGUUACCGUUUGAUAUCCACUUUCCCCUUUCAUAGCUACAAUGCCAACCUUACAAAACGGCACAAUCCCCGUUACCGUUUGAUAUCCACUUUCCCCUUUCAUACCUACAAUGCCAACCUUACAAAACGGCUUGUCGUCCUUGGUGGUGGUGUGGCUUAGAUCCACCGGCAGAAACGCUGAAAGACGACACCUGGCAAGGCAUCUCAGGCGAAGAGUAUCUUCGACUAGCUACUCAAGUUUUUUUUUCAGGCGAAGAGCAUCUUCUAUUGCUCAAGACAUCAAUUUGAUGUUUAGAGGAAAGGUAAAAUGUUAGAGCUAUCGACUUAAUCUAGGUGAAGCGUAUCUUCCACUAUUACAUAUCAAUUACUGAUCAGUCCUUGAUGAUGAUGAUGUUAGUCGAUUCGGAUUGGACCGACGACUUCCCUGAAUCUUAACCGAGAAAAAGAAAAUGUGAAGAGGAAUUACGAUGAGCCUUAACACAGGAACCAGCAAGGAAUAAUUGUUCUCCUCGGAUCGUCGCUGUACUCCUACCUAUUUGUGGGAUUUUUCUCAACACAAGGAAAUAGAUGGUCACGCUCACAUUGCACAACAUAUAUUCUACAAACGAGGUAUACGACGUCUUUUCUGCAGAGGUCACAGGAGCAAGAGUCCGCGGAAGCUGUAAGUAG